AUGUUUCGUUGCGUAGCAUUGUCACUGCUUGCUGCGAGCUGCGCGAUGCUUGCCUUUGUUGGCCCACUGCCGGCUCGCCAAGGCACAGCCCCGAGCACGGCCCUUCGAGCCAACCAUGGCCGUGAGGCAGAGGGCCCCCAGGCGGAGGAGUUGGAGCAAGCCUCGCCCAUGCGCUUUGGCAGUGCUUUGCUUGCGGUGCUUGCUGCGGUCGCGCUCACUGUGCUUCCGGUUGAAGAGGCAAAGGCUGCCCGAUCCGGGGGACGCAUUGGCGGCUCAGCAAGCUCUGCACGGCGUGCGCCUCCCCGCGCACCUCCUCGAGCACCAGCGGCUGCCAGCAGCAGCAACACCACUGUCAUCAACAGAACCACGGUCGUCGCUCCGCCGCCUGUGAUGGCUGCGCCAUCAAUUGGCUUUGGAAUGGCCCCGGUGGUGGUUGCACCUCCUCCAACAGUGGGUGACGUCAUCGUCGGGAGUGUCGUGGGUGGUGCCAUCAACAAUGCCAUGUAUGGAAACCGCGGGCCCAGCACGGCCGACCGCAUGCUGGAGAACCAGCAGCGUCAGGAUGAGCGACAAAUAGACAACCAGAAGAAAGAAAUCGAGCAGCUCAAGGCUGAAUUGAACUCCUUGAAGACUCAGAAGUGA